AUGGCGUACCGCGAGAACAUCUCUAAUAGAAGAUCUAGAUGUAUACAAUUAUUGCAGCAGCAUGUUGUUAUUCAUCUUCUGUUUUACUUUGCAGAAACUGAGAAGGGAAUAUUUGAUGCUAUUCUUCAAGGGGAGAUUGACUUUGAAAGUCAGCCAUGGCCAUCAAUUUCUGAGAGCGCUAAAGACCUUGUGAGGAAGAUGUUGGCGCAGGAUCCAAAGAAAAGAAUUAGUUCAGCCCAAGUUCUUCAACAUCCAUGGCUCAGGGAAGGAGAAGCAUCAGAUAAACCUAUUGACAGUGCUGUUCUUUCUAGGAUGAAGCAAUUCAGAGCAAUGAAUAAACUGAAAAAGAUGGCUCUAAAGGUUAUAGCUUCAAAUCUUAACGAGGAAGAGAUCAAGGGCCUGAAGCAAAUGUUUAUGAACAUGGACACAGACAACAGUGGGACAAUCACAUAUGAGGAACUCAAAGCAGGACUAGCCAAACUUGGAUCGAAGCUCUCAGAAGCUGAAGUAAAGCAGUUGAUGGAUGCGGCUGAUGUGGAUGGCAAUGGAUCAAUUGACUACGUUGAGUUCAUAACAGCAACCAUGCAUAGACACAAGCUCGAAAGAGACGAGCAUUUGUUCAAGGCGUUCCAGUACUUUGACAAAGACAACAGUGGCUUCAUUACAAGAGAUGAACUGGAGACUGCUUUGAUUGAGCAUGAAAUGGGCGACGCGGAUACCAUAAAGGACAUCAUAUCAGAAGUCGACACAGAUAAUGAUGGGAGGAUUAACUACGAGGAAUUCUGCGCUAUGAUGAGAGGAGGGAUGCAGCAGCCAAUAAGGCUCAAGUAGUCCUUCCUUGUAGAAAUGGUGUACCAUUAGCAACUGUUCUUGGUUCCUUUUUUUUCUCUGCUGCACGGAUGAGAAGUUCUCUUUGGCGUUGUUGAGAUGAUUGUGUAUAUCUUGUGGCCUUUUGCUCGUGCAUGUUGUUCCUCAAGUGUUUUGGACCUACUUUCUUCUGUAAGUUGGUUUUUGCAAGUACAUCUAAUAAAAGAGUAUUUUUGCACGUCAAAUGUGCAUAUUUAAA